CAGGCAUAUAUUUCCUAUAUAUAUAUAUAUAUUCCCUUGGAAACCAACCUGAAUCGGAAACCAUAUGUUCUAAAGCUUCCAGAGUUGUUCAACGCCAAACUUAGAUAUUCAAUUUCUUCUCGUUCAGUUGUUCCUAUUCUUCCUCUUGUUCAUCUUCCUUCUUCACGGGUCUUCAAGAAGCUAAGGUUGUCUGUGCUCAUAAUUGGAAAGAAAGUGAGAUUGGUUAUCACGGUUUUGAAGAUAGCUGGGUGUGAUCAAGGAAGACUACCCUCAAGAUAUUUGUGAUUCAAGAUCCAUGGACUCCAUGGAGUCAUCCUCUUCGUGUUCGUCUUCAUCUGAUUUGGUUGAUGAUGCAUCUUCUUCUUCAUCAUCUUCUUCAAAUGGACCUCUUUAUGAAUUGUCUGAGCUCAUGGUUCAUCUUCCUAUAAGGAGAGGUUUAUCAAAGUACUAUCAAGGAAAGUCGCAAUCUUUCACAUCGCUGGGAGGAGUGAAGAGCUUGGAUGAUCUUGCAAAGAAGGUGGCAGCUCCUUAUAGAAGGAAAAGGAAGCCAUGCAAGAGCUAUGGAGGUGGUUUAGAUAAUGGUCACAAAUCUUAUAAUACUAGUCCCAAAGCCAUUAUCUCAAAGAAAGCUAUUUCAAGGGGUUCUUUCUUAUAUUCCAAGUAGUAAUUUCCAGAGGAAAUGAUGCCUUCUUAUUACAAAGAAGCAUUUCUCUCUUCUUAUCUGGGUUUUUUCACUUUUAGUAUACCCAGUUGUACGUAGUUGUUCCAUCUGGAACACAAGUUGAGGAUUUACAUUUUCAAAAUGUUAUGGCGGGUCAUUUGUAUAGUGAAAUUCCAUUGUUUCUUUA